AUGAUCAUCUCCUACAUGGUCCGGAGCAGCUCUAAGCGGCUCAGACGGACUGUGUUUACUCCAGAGUUCACCUGUAGCUUCACAAAGUGGGGUUCGGGGCCCUCAGGUCGACCCGAGCCGUGGGGUUCGGGGCCCUCAGGUCGACCCGAGCCGUGGGGUUCAGGGCCCUCAGGUCGACCCGAGCCGUGGGGUUCAGGGCCCUCAGGUCGACCCGAGCCGUGGGGUUCGGGCCCUCAGGUCGACCCGAGCGUGGGGUUCGGGCCCUCAGGUCGACCCGAGCCGUGGGUUCGGGCCCUCAGGUCGACCCGAGCCGUGGGGUUCGGGCCCUCAGGUCGACCCGAGCCGUGGGGUUCGGGCCCUCAGGUCGACCCGAGCCGUGGGGUUCGGGCCCUCAGGUCGACCCGAGCCGUGGGGUUCGGCCUCAGGGACCAGCCGUGGGUUCAGGGCCCUCAGGUCGACCCGAGCCGUGGGGUUUCGGGCCCUCAGGUCGACCCGAGCCGUGGGGUUCAGGGCCCUCAGGUCGACCCGAGCCGUGGGGUUCAGGGCCCUCAGGUCGACCCGAGCCGUGGGGUUCAGGGCCCUCAGGUCGACCCGAGCCGUGGGGUUCGGGCCCUCAGGUCGACCCGAGCCGUGGGGUUCGGGCCCUCAGGUCGACCCGAGCCGUGGGGUUCGGGCCCUCAGGUCGACCCGAGCCGUGGGGUUCGGGGCCCUCAGGUCGACCCGAGCCGUGGGGUUCAGGGCCCUCAGGUCGACCCGAGCCGUGGGGUUCGGGCCCUCAGGUCGACCCGAGCCGUGGGGUUCAGGGCCCUCAGGUCGACCCGAGCCGUCGGGUUCGGGCCCUCAGGUCGACCCGAGCCGUGGGGUUCGGGGCCCUCAGGUCGACCCGAGCCGUGGGGUUCAGGGCCUCAGGUCGACCCGAGCCGUGGGGUUCAGAGAGGAUUUAAGAUCCUACACAGAUGUGAUAUUUAG